UUAUUGUUCCUUUUUUUGGUCUUCUGGGCGGUUAAUUUGUGUUUUUGGAGGUAGGGUUUGAAGUCUUUGUGGUUAUGNUGUAAUCUANNCAAUUGGGUGGUUGUGUUCUGGUGGACUUAGAAUCUGGGUGUUUGGGAUUUGUUGAUUUUUUUGUCCUGGGGUGUUUGGAUUCAUGGAGGCUCAAUUAGAAGGGAAAAAUCAGUAUUUGUAUGGACCUGUGGUGCCAGAGAUGAAGAGUGUUGGGAAGAGAAGUUUGGAGUGGGAUUUGAAUGAUUGGAAGUGGGAUGGGGAUCUUUUCACUGCUACGCAACUGAACUCAGUGCCAUCAGAUUGUACGAGUCGUCAGCUGUUUCCUGCUGAUCCUGAAAUUCUCGCAGCUGGUGAUGCUUCUAACAGUUUGUCUUCUUCAUAUGAUGAUGUUAACCUUGCGGAAGGAAGGAGAGAAUUGGAGAAGAGGAGGAGAGGUGUUGCUGAUGAAGGUGGGGUGGAGAUGAAUGAUGGAGCUGGUUCUCUUAAUUUGAACCUUGGGGUCCAAGUAUAUCCUAUCAUAGAAGGGGAGGAAAAAAGUGGAAAGAAGACAAAGAUAACUGGGAGUACCUUGAACCGGGCUGUUUGUCAGGUCGAAGAUUGUAGGGCUGAUCUUAGUAAUGCGAAGGAUUAUCACCGCCGCCACAAAGUUUGUGAUAUGCAUUCUAAGGCAAGCAAGGCACUAGUUGGAAAUGUUAUGCAGAGAUUCUGUCAACAGUGUAGCAGGUUUCACGUUCUUCAAGAAUUUGAUGAAGGGAAGAGAAGUUGUCGAAGGCGUCUGGCAGGCCACAAUAAGAGGAGGAGGAAAACGCAUCCUGAUGCUAGUGUAGUUAAUGACGGCUCUGUGAAUGAAGAAAAGGGCAGUAGUUAUCUGUUAAUGAGUCUGCUAAGGAUACUGUCCAAUAUGCAUUCAAAUGGUUCAGAUAAUAUGACAAGCCAGGAUGUUCUAUCCCAUCUGCUGAGGAACCUGGCAAGUCUGGCUGGUACAAUUAACGGAAGAAAUAUAGUUUCUUUAUUGGAAGGAUCUCAAGAUUUGGUAAAAGCAGGAACAUCUGGAACUGCACCAAAUGUUCCUAACACAAAUUCUAAUGGUCCUGAAACGUCCAGACCUGUUGAUACUUCUACUAAGAUGGAUAAUGGUGUAAUCAGUCAGGAUCCUCCAGAGUCUAUGGUCCAAUGUGAGAUGACUCCUGCUAAUGGUAUGCCUAAAGGAUUUAUAGCUUCAGGCAGUGAUGGAAUAGGAAGUUCAAAAUCUCCUUCAUUACCACAGUUGUCAAAUGCACUUCUGUCACGGGAUAGUCUUCCACCCUAUUCAGUCUCAGCAGAGACUACGGUUGGAAGAAUUGGGUUAAGUAAUAUUGACCUGAAUAGUGCAUAUGAUGAUGUACAGGAUUAUGUCGAGAACACAAGAAAUUCUCGUCCUCCUUUGCCUUCAGGGAAUGGGUCCCUUGAUAAUCCUUUAUGGGUCCAAUGUGACUCUCUCAAGUCAAGUCCACCACAGACAAGUAGAAACUCAGAUUCAACCUCUACACAGUCACCAUCUAGUUCUAGUGGAGAAGCUCAGAGUCGCACAGAUCGAAUAGUUUUCAAACUAUUUGGCAAGGCUCCAAAUGAUUUUCCCCAUACUCUCCGAUCACAGAUCCUUAACUGGUUAUCCCACAGUCCCACCGAGAUAGAGAGCUAUAUAAGGCCUGGCUGUAUCAUAUUAACUGUAUAUCUCCGUCUAGAAAAUUCCGCUUGGGAAGAGCAGCUAUGCCAUAAUCUAGGAUCCAGCUUGAGAAAACUUGCUGUGCCGAAUGAUUCUUUUUGGAGAUCAGGAUGGAUAUAUACAAGAGUGCAGCACUCGGUAGCUUUUCUGUAUAAUGGUCAGGUGGUCUUAGAUGUACCAUUGCGAUUCAAAAGUCCCCAGAAUUGUCAGAUUUUUUGUGUUAAACCACUUGCUGUUUCUUCAAGUUCUUGUGUUCGAUUUAUUGUGAAAGGAUUCAACCUUUUUUUGUCUAACACCAGGUUGCUCUGUGCACUUGAAGGGAAGUAUCUGGUGCAAGAUAAUUGUUAUGAUUUGGUUGAUGCUGAUGCUUCCAUUGAACAUAAUGAGCUUCAGCAUCUGAGCUUCUCUUGCAGUAUACCGAAUGUGACUGGAAGAGGGUUUAUUGAGGUGGAAGAUAAUGGUCUUAGCAGCUGUUCCUUUCCAUUCAUAGUUGCAGAGCAAGAAAUUUGUUCAGAGAUAUGUAAGCUGGAGAAUGUCAUUGAGGCAGCCGAGACUGCUGAUGACAUCCAAAUGAGAACUAAACUAAUGGAAGAAAAGACUCAAGCAUUGUAUUUCGUACAAGAAAUGGGUUGGCUCCUUCACAGAAACCGAGCGAAAGUUAGGCUGGGUCCUGUGGCACCUCUACAAGAUUGCUUCCAUUUUAAUCGGUUCAUGUGGCUUGUUGGCUUCUCUAUGGACCAUGACUGGUGUGCUGUGAUGAAAAAGCUCUUGAACAUUAUCUUUGAGGGCACUGUGGAUAUAGGAGAGCAUACCUCAGUUGAGUUAGCUUUGUUAAAGAUGGAUCUUCUGCACAAAGCUGUAAAAAGAAAUUGCAGGCCUAUGGUGGAACUACUGCUAAAAUUUGUGCCAGCUAAUGCUUCAGAUGGUGGAGACAGUAAAGAGAAGCAAGUCAACAAGUCCCCUAACAGAUUCAUAUUCAGACCUGAUUCUGUUGGGCCUGCUGGGUUGACUCCCCUGCAUGUUGCAGCAAGUAUACAUGGUUUGGAUAAUGUAUUGGAUGCAUUAACUGAUGAUCCAGGACUGGUGGGAAUUGAGGCAUGGAAAAGUGCUCAGGACACUACAGGUUUGACCCCUUAUGAUCAUGCAUCCCUGCGGGGCUACUACUCCUACAUUCAACUUGUCCAAAGGAAAAUAAGCAACACAUGCAAAAGUGAACAUGUGCUUAAUAUCCCUGGCACUCUUGUAGAUAGUAACAUAAAGCAGAAGCAAUCAGAUGGCCAUAGGUCAUCAAAAGUUUCAAGUUUGCAAACUGAGAAGAUUGAAACAACAGCAAUGGUGCGACAUUGUGGUGUAUGCCAGCACAAGUUGGCGUACGGUGGUAUGAGAAGUGCACUGGUUUAUAGGCCAGCAAUGCUGUCAAUGGUUGCCAUUGCAGCUGUGUGUGUCUGCGUGGCUUUGCUCUUCAAAAGCUCACCCAAAGUCUAUUAUGUAUUCCAGCCAUUCAGUUGGGAGUCAUUGGAAUAUGGAUCCAUGUAAUGUUGUAUAUUAGAUAUUCUUUGCUUUAGGCCUGGACUUUUGUUUUUUGAAGUGUGGAAAGUCUUAGUUCUGAGUAUAUACAUCUGUGAUAGUUGCUGUCAUCAAAAUAUGUAGGGAAGGUUUACCUUCACUUCAGAUGAUCAGCACAAAAUAUUCACUGUGCUAUCUAAUGUUAGGUAGAUGGUGUUAUUAGUUCAUGUAUAUGCAAAGAUAAUAGGGUAAGUUCGCUGGAAUUAGGAGGGUACUUGUAUCAAUCAAUAAUUAUACAAGUCUUACUAGAGGUGAGUACCCUUUAUUGCUAUCUUGAUUCAUUGAUGAUAUUAUGAAAAUUAUAUAAGCAACUAUAUUUAGUUUA